AUUAAAAUAAUGAGCGUGGAAGUGACGGUUGAGGGACUUGAGCGUUUUCAAGGAAAGCCGUUCGAAGUUUGAGAGCUUCCUUCCUUCCCACUUUCAUUCAAGUUUGAGUAUCGGCUGAGUCUCUGAGAUGCUGAAGAUGAUGACGGCAACUGCAUCUUCUAAUGGCAGCAAAGGUAUGCCUUCUCUUCACUCUACUGUUGUUGUUCUCUUCAACGAUUACUCAGCCUUGUUUCAUUUUCAACCCUCAAAUUCGAAGCCAAAUAAAUCUAGAAACACCCAGCCAAAGCAGUUUGGUGUGAGAGACCCAACCACAAUCACAAAUCUUGAGCAUGCUUUCAAUGUGUUCGAUGAAAUGCUUCACAUGCGUCCUCUGCCUUCAGUUGGCCGUUUCAAUCAAAUCUUGGGUCAAGUUGUGAAAUUGAAACAUUAUUCGGUCGUCAUCUCUUUCUACAACCAAAUGGGUCUGUUUGGAAUUGGUUCUAAUGUUUGUACUCUAACUAUUGUCAUUAAUUGCUUUUGUCAUCUCAACCAAAUGGGGUUUAGUUUUUCUGUCUUGGGACAACUCUUUAAAUCUGGGUUUGAACCAAAUGUCUAUACCUUCAACACUCUAAUCAACGGCUCUCUUACCGAGAAUAGAGUGGCUGAGGCUGCAGAAAUUUUCAACAAAAUGAUGAAGGCAGGUAAUUGUAAGCCUGAUGUGGUUACUUUCGGCACACUAAUAAAGGGUUUCUGUAGAAUGGGUAACAACAGUGCAGCUAUUCAGUUGCUUAGAAGGAUGGAGGAAGGAGCAUGCAACCCUAACCUGGUUGCCUAUAACACGAUAAUUGACAGUCUUUGUAAGGAUACAUUAGUUGUUGAUGCACUGAACCUCUUCUCUGAAAUGAUGAGCAAGGGUAUUGCCCCAAAUGUCAUUACCUAUACAUCCUUGAUUCAUGGAGUUUGCAAAUUAGGAGAGUGGAAAGAAGCUACGAGGUUGUUGAAUGAAAUGGUGAGUAGAAAUAUCUUUCCAGAUGUGCAGACCUUCAAUGUCUUUGUAGACACACUUUGUAUGGAGGGGAUGGUUGGGGAAGCGCAAACUGUGGUCGAAAUGAUGAUUGAAAGAGAUAUUGAACCUAAUGCAGUUACAUACAAUUCACUAAUGGAUGGUUACUGUUUACGAGGAGAAAUGGACAAGGCGAAAAAGGUUUUUGAACUGAUGCUUUGCAUGGACUCCAUGACUAAUGUUCGUAGUUAUAGCAUAUUGAUAAACGGAUAUUGUAAAUGCAAAAACAUUGAUGAUGCCAUGAUGCUUUUUCGGGAAAUGUCUGGUAAGGGAAUGGUUCCUCAUACCAUCACUUAUACCACUCUUAUGGAUGGUUUCUGCAAAGUGGGGAGAAUACGUGAUGCACAUAAGUUGUUCUCUCAAAUGCAAGGUUGUGGCCAUCUUCCUGAUGUUCAAACUUAUGCAGUUUUACUGGAUGGCCUCUGUAAAACCCAACAACUUCCUAUGGCGAUGAAACUUUUUAGAGUGAUGGAAGGAAAGAAGUUGGAUAUUGAUAUUGUGAUUUACAAUAUUCUUAUUGAAGGUUUGUGCAUAGCUGGAAAAAUUGAAUCUGCACUGGACAUUUUCUAUGGUUUAUCAUCAAAAGGACAUCAACCUAAUGUCAGGACAUAUAAUAUAAUGAUCAGUGGGUUUUGUAAUGUAGGCCUAAUUAGUGAAGCGGAAAAGUUGGUUGGAGAAAUGGAAGAGAAUGGAUGUUCUCCAGAUGAUUGCACCUAUAAUACAAUUAUCCGAGGGAUUAUCAAUAGUAAUGAGACAUCGAGGGCAAUGGUUUUUAUUCAACAAAUGGUGGAGAGGGGUUUCUCUGCGGAUGCAUCAACUAUGGAAUUGAUUGUUGAUUUAUUGUCUAAAGAUGAUGUAGAUCCGGCUUUGUUGCCAUUGAUAAAAGAAACAUCGCGAAGUUAAUUUGGAACUUUGAAAUGGCUGUACCCUUGGCAACCAUGAAUGUACUGUUUGUUUCAGCAUGGAUGACGGUGCUUGAAGGUAUGCCAGUGAAGUAUUUCUUUUGAACUGAGCUUAUAGUUAGAGCAGACUGUAAUUACCUAGUAUCUCUUGCAGACUCGGUUUUGAAUCAAGAAGUUUUGUGAUAAUUGGUCACUCAUUUUACCAAUACAUAGAAAUUCUAUGAAUAUAUUAUUAGAAUAUCAAAAAUUGCUCAUGCUUGUUAAUAGAGUCAGUGUUGCAGCCCAAUGUUGACGCUCCUCUUCCUUUGUAAAAUUGCCUCCAAUGAAGAACUUGGAAAGCUAUUUUCAAUGAAUUUGCGAUUUGCCAAUUGCCAAUUAAUAUAGGCAAAAAGUCCAUUUUG